UGGAAGAGCUUCCCAACGAUGGGCUCAACUCUCAACAAUAUCGCGUGUUCUCUGCAGAGAAGUGGAACAUGGAUCAAUUCUUUAAUUGCUGCUUUGACUCUUGGCGGGCAGCAACUGUUCACCUCUUCCACAUUCAGAUGUCCGUGCCAGGUUGGGAAAAAUUUCUACUAUGGUUCUGCUUUCCUAGUCAUUCCUGCCUUGAUCCUUCUGGUUGCUGGCUAUGCUCUGAGAAACCAGAUGUGGACAAUUUCGAGUGACUACUGCUGCCGCUGUGCCCCUCCACACCGGAGAAUCGGCCUCCUGGAGCGCAAGCUGGCUUGCCUCAGGUUCUUCAGCAUCACCGGCAGGGCACUCAUCGCUCCAUUGACGUGGCUGGUGGCCACCCUGAUGACAGGCACCUACUACGAAUGUGCAGCAAGUGAAUUUGUAACUGUGGACCAUUACCCAGCGUUUGACAACAUCAGUGCCGACGAACGGGAGGAGAUUUUAGCUGGGUUUCCAUGCAGCACAUCAGCUCCUCCUGACAUGAUCCUGGUAAGAGAUGAAGUAGCUCUUCUGCACAGAUUCCAGUCACAAAUGCUGGGCUGGAUUUUGAUCACCUUGGCAACCAUCAUUACCCUCGUUUCCUGCUGUUUGAUGAGGUGCUGCUCUCCCCUCACCUCCCUGCAGCACUGCUACUGGACCAACCACCUCCGCAAUGAGAAGGAGCUCUUUGAGCAAGCUGCAGAGCAGCACUCACGCCUCCUCAUCACGCAGCGCCUAAGGAAACUAUUUGGCUUCGUUCCUGGAAAUGAAGAUGUCAAACACAUCCGCAUUCCUUCGUGUCAGGACUGGAAAGACAUUUCAGUACCCAGUCUUCUCUGUAUGGGUGAUGACUUGCAAGGUCACUAUAGCUUCCUUGGAGGCCAGGUGGAUGAGGCUGAGGAAAGCACACCAGGAGGCAUUGAAUUAAAACCUUGAUUAUAGCACCUCUCCCAAUUCAGGUUGCUUAGCACAAACUUUAUUCUUAAGAUGAUGGAGUUUCAAUGAUGGUCUUAUGCGUUCAACCGGAGGGCGAACGACAUUAACACUUUAUUUUUUACUCUUUCUUCUAUGAUGUGUUUACAUAAGUCCAUGCAAAACGCCAUUUCCAAAAUCAAUUUGAUAAUUGUGCCAAUGUCUCUUUUUGCCUAUAUCUGUCUUAUUAAAACAAAAUGGAAUUUGGAGUUAUAUCACCAUUUGAAUCUUGGUUCUGUUAUUUAAUAGCUGUGCAAAAAUUGCUAUUUUUAGUGCUAUUUCAUUGUACAGAGUAGCUACCUCACAGAGCUGGGGUAAGGAUUAAAUAUGGUAACAUAAGCAAAAGGCAUAGCACAGUGGCUUUCCUAAAAUAAGUGCUAACAAAUGUUACCUUCUCCCUCCUCUUUGCAUUUCAUGUCUUGUAUCACUAUUUUCCCUGUCUCUAUUUUCUGAUUUUCUUUCUUUCUUUUUUUCUUUCUAUCUCUACAUGCAGAAACAUUUCACUACUUCUGCCUCGCCGCUUACAUAUCUGACCUCUUGGAAACCAGGAUUAAAAGUCCGUUCGUGGUGACAUGUAAGGGAGAAGCCCAUUGAAGGAAGUCUUGAGUCAUCCUGCCAUAACCAGGGAAAGAUGAUGCAUUAUUGUAUCAUCAUUAGUAUCAUAAGUACUAUUUGUAGCACCUCUGUACUGGGAGCAUUUUUACAGCUACGACAUAUAAGCUGUGCUUUUUCAUUAAUUGUAACUUUGCAUUCAAAAUCCAUUUGAGGAAGCAAG